AUGGAGCAGGUAUCAGGGACAGAGUCGCCGGCGAGGAGGCAGGGUUCUGUUCCUCCACAGCUUGAGUCAACGGCGGCAGGUUUCCCGGCCGCAGGCCACCGGGACGCUCCGGCAUUCGCAACGCUCGGCGCGCUGGCACGUGAACGCAUUGCACGGACAAGCGUUUCGCACCGGCAGCUUGCCCGUGAGAGCGGCAGCGUGUCCGAAGAAAGUGAGCGGCGCCCCAGUGCUGAUGCACUUGCUUGGCAGCACUGCUGCUGGCGGGCGCCGACUGAGCGUUCGGACGCCGUAGCGCUCUUCAGUUUGUCGGAGGUGUUCCUAUUGAUCCGGAGUGAGUACGCGCCACAGUCUGUUUAUGGGUGGCUAAUGCUGACGCAUAUGCUUCGAAUGCCACCGGAAACGCUCGCUCGCGAGGCUGUGAUCGACCCGGAAAUCAGAGCAGAACAGGCAUCAGUUGGCGACGAAAAUAGGACGUAUGGUGGUUUUCUGGAGCUUGUGCUUUUCAUGCACGUGGGGGUCGCUUUGCGGGAUGCACUGCACUCGCGAAAUCGCAACGUGAACGAGGCUGCCCUGGAAUGUCUGGCGCAUUUGCUGCAUCGUCUCUUCGAUAGCGACGUGCUUGCUUUUGUUGACGGGUGUGUCUUCGAAGAUGACAAGGACCAGAUAGGCGACGAUUACAAUGAAGAGGCAUUGAUAGACCUUUGGGCUUCCAUGGAGCUCCGGAACGACUCCGAUAACCCGAGCUCCCGCGCCAAACAUGGAGACAACGACAACGAUACCGUUGAUGAGGAUGCAGAGGUCGGUGCUGCCGGUUCCACCGCCAUGGGCAGCAAUCUCUAUGAAGACUACCGCCCUACGUCCCAUGACUGGGUUAUCGAAAUGGUGACCACCGGUCUGGUUCCGGUUCUGCUCGGACUUUUCCAGAGCAAACUGCGACAGCAUGUGAUCGAUCCCCGGGUAACCAGAUUGAGUUACUUCCUGAUAUGGGUGCUGCACCCGUGUCUACGACUAGAUGAGGGCGCGAGCAUCUUGAAACAAUUGCUCUCCAUUGCACUUGCUUUGCUGGAACGUGUCGGAUCCGCUGAACCCCAGCAGACUACCAACAGCGAAACGGGACCUUUGGCGGCGGCAGCGCAGUCGGCCCUGAUGCAUAGCCUACGAGCAGCCGCCGUACUUGCCAUGGAUGAGCGUCUCGACAUCGAGGAAUCUGUCCAACACGUAAUGGAGGCGAAGCUUCAGCUAUGGUUGAAUCACUUGGACCUUGAAAACAAGCUGGGACGCCAAGUUGCGAGAAGCAUGCAGGCGCUCGUGUCCAUCAUGACACGAAACCGUCGCCAAGUAACAAGUUUGUCGCAGUCCGUAAACAAUGAGCUUCAGUACUCGUGA